GAACAGGAGGACAUCAAGAUUUGUCACUAAAUUUAGGACGUAUCCAGGUAUAUAUUAUCAUUCACGAGCUUUUGCAUGCUCUUGGCUUCUUUCAUGAACAAUCAAGACAAGAUAGAGAUCAGUAUGUGAAAGUUAACAGACAAAAUAUUCAAGAAGGUAAUUCGUUUGGAAUGGGAAAAAAAUGUUCAUUAAAACUUAUCCUGCACCAACAAUUAUUUCACUGCGAUCACUAAUGUUUUCACUUCUUAAAUAGCCUACAUUUUUUAUAUUUUAAUUGCAUUUGAAGGCUCCACUUGUUAGAAUGUUUGGUUGUUACUGGUUUAUAUUGAAAAAAACCCAUUUAAUUAAACAUGAACACUUAACUUGAUGAAAAGCUAAUAAUUUUUUAAUAAACUUUUGUCAAUAAUCCUGAUAGAUGCGAAAUGAUGUCGCAGCAAGUGUGUAAACCGGCAUGACGCCUAUUGCGUGAUCACCCAAUUUGAGAUAUCAAAAUAGAGGCUUAUAUAAAAGAGAAUUCGAUUUCCUAGCCGACAGUUACCCACUUUGCCAACGUCGCUAAACAUCGCGCUCAAUGACGAAAGAUUUAUUCUUUUUAGGAUAUGAAUCAAAUUUUGAUAUUUCUGGAGAAUCAAACAAAGAUGGAUAUGGAGUUAAAUAUGAUUCACAAUCUAUCAUGCACUAUGGAAAGUAUGUUUAGUAAAGAUAAGUUUGUCUGUCAUUUUAGAAAAAGAAAAUGAAAAUAAGAAAAUCGUUUUUUUAUUUUUUGUAAUUGAAUAACCAUUUCUGAACGAAAGUUUUGCCAAGUUUACCAUUGUGUGCAACUAACAAGAUAAUAACUUAUAUAUAUGUGUGCGGUGUUUUAGGAUCAUAUGCAUACCAUAUAUAUUUCACUAGUUAUUUUAUAACUGUGAUCAAUGUGCGCUUGUUGUUCUUUUGAUUAUAGCUACCAGUUUGCAAAAUCUACGUCUGAACCAACUAUCGUGCUAAAAACCAACCCAAAUCAACCUUUAGGCGGAAGAAAACUAACCCCAUCGGAUAUUUUACAGCUUAAUCUAUACUACGAAUGCGAGGGUAUAGCGAAGAGCACCCCAACAACAACAACUCGGCCAACUACUAGCACAACGACAACUACACGACCAACAACUACCACUACGACAACUAAGCGACUAACAACUACUGCAACGACAACUGCACGACCAACAACUACCACAACGACAACUACACGACCAACAACUACUACAACGACAACUACACUACCAACAACUACCACAACGACAACUACACGUCCAAAAACUACCACAACGACAACUACACGAUCAACAAAUACCACAACGACAACUAAACGACCAAAAACAACAACAACGGCAAGUUGCCCUAUAACUACCACAACAACAACACGUCAAAAAACUGCGACAAGGGCUGCAACUAAGAAGAUCACAGGCACAAUUUUCACCGCACAACCUUCGACGUUUGGCAAUAAGAAAACACCAAUAGCCAGGAGUACACUAAAACCAGUAAUCCGAUCUACAAAAGUUUGUGGAGAUGAAACCUACCUUUGUUCAAGAGCUCUUGUAAAUCGAAUGAUCUGUACAUUUCCAAAGUUUUGCAGACGGUCAUGUGGAUUAUGUUCAGGUCCAAGCGAAAAUAUGUGUGAUCUUCUCGUCGACGCAAUAAAUGUUGGUUGUGAAAGCAGCACCAGAAAGGAACACUGCGUAUCGAAGGAUAAGAGAGAAAGAAGAAGGAUGAAGCAAGAAUGUCCAAAAACAUGCUGCAUGCUGCUUAGCAAGUAUUUUAAGCGAAAAAUCAAUAUCAAUUUUGGAAGUAAGAAAAUGAACAUUGUAUAUCCAAAAAUUAGAACUAAAUAUAGAGGAAGCCCAAAAAAUGAAUGUGAAUUUAACCCCAGACAUUACGUGUUGUGCAAAAUGGUAGCUCAGGAUGUCAUUGCAUUCUCUGUCAUGACACACUGUCGGAAGAUUCUAGCAGUCUUUAAUAUAAAAAACCUUGUUAUAGCAAAAACAAUCUAA